GCGGGAAUUACGACUAAAAUAAAUUUCAUUAUUUAGUUAAUUUUCAUCGCUUUUUGUACAGUUUUCCAUGAAAUAAAUCUUAUAUAAUGUCGUGUGAACCUUCCAAAUGGUGUAAUCCAGCGGAUGUAAUGAAAAGACGAAAAUUGAAGAAGAAAUCGAAGAGUAUUUCAGGAGAAUAUCCUCCUAAAACUGGCACGGUUUCACAUAUCGUAAACAAAGGUAUCAGCACAAAAAGGGCCAACCCUUUCAGUUGCAACAGUGUCAACAAAAGGAGGGCUGUUAUUAACUCUGAAACCGGUCUGGUAGAAAACAGUGUAUUUGAUUCAUUGAUUAGUACACAGCCUGAUAAACAUACCAACGAUAAUGAAGAAGAGAUUCGAUCGUAUUCCCAGCCAAACCCAAUUGUUGUUGGUACAGGAUCGACAGCUAAACUAUUCAGAACUCUGGAUAUUGAGGAAGAGGAUAAAGAGGAUUCAAAUACAACACCUAUUCUGUCAAGAUCUGUGUCGGUUUUUCAAAACAAGGGUAGACAAUUCCAGGAAAGAUUUUCUAAUUGCAUUCAAACUCCAGAUGAUAAAAGCACCCAUGAAAAAUUAGAAGAUUUACCACAGAUUAGUAAAGAGAGUUGUACUAUAAAAGAAAGAUUAGAUUUAUUACCUGUUGAUUGGAGUUUAAAAGGUAAACUACGGGUAACUAGUGAAGAAUCUCUAGCAUGGUGUGUUCAUAUGAAAUCUACAGAUCAAGCUGGUGGUCUUCAACAUUUUGUGGGGUGUAAAGAACAGUGGUCACAGGAUAAUUCAGAAUCAUCAUUUCACAGAUGUUCUCUCUACUGGCAGCAUCCAAACCUUCCCUGGACAAAACUUUUUCCUCGAAUAGUAUCAGAAAAUAAAAUAAGUCGAGCUAAUAUAAUAGGUAAUAGUGACGAUAUAAAGAAGUGUUUAUAUACAGAUUGGUCUGAUAGUUUUACAUCAGCUUUCCAUCAACUACGAUCAAACUAUUCACCAUAUUUCUAUAUGUGUACACAUCAGUUUACAGCGUUAUUCCGUGGUGUGGGUGUGGCCGGUAUUAAUUCUAUAUCAGCUUUAUUAACACCAACAACCAGAGGGUUCAGAGAAGCUCUUAAAACAGAAGGUAUUGAAUUUAAGAUGCCAUUACUUGAAAAAAAGAAAUCUAGUUUAGAAGAUGAAGAUACAGAGUUAGAAACUACCAAUACAGAAAAUACUAAACCAUGUGGAUCAAUAGAUGAUGAAGAUGCCCUAGAUACUGAUGAAGGAGCAUCUGUAUGGUUGGAGAGUCUAGGAUUAGACAAGAAACAGUUCCCAUCAUUAGAUCCUAAUAAAGUUAAAAUUCAGAAAGAAGGAUAUAAACGGGUUGAUAAUAGACCAGAAUCAAUGAUAUAUGUUGAAGGUGGUGAAGUUCAAGCUUUAUUUAAUUUUCUAUUAAACUGUCGAACUUGUAUAGCUAAUAGUGGUGAACAGGCUGGUAUCCCUCCUACUAUAUUAUCACCAUGUCCUUUUACUGGUGCUACAUUAAAAUCUAACAAGGUUAAACAUUCACAUGCCAAGCAGACAGAUAGUCAAGGCAAUUCUCAUAGAUCCCAUAUCUUAGAAAUCAGUGGACCUCUACUUCCUCAUAAUAUAUUAAAUAUAUCAUCCUUAUUCCGACAGAAAAUUGGUAGAGAAUUUAGUUUUACGUUUAAUAACCACGAACCUACAGCUCCUUUCAACAUCAAGAUAUCACAGAAUGUCGAGAAAGAUAAUAAUUUAUUUCAGAAUAUGAAUUUACGGUCUGAUGUGAGAGAUAGUUUGUAUGAUGGGCAGACAUUAGAACGUGAUGUUUGUUGUAUUAAAACUAUUAAUGGGUCGAAAGAUGGUUUUCAGGUUACGGUUUGAUAGUUCUUAGAUCUCACUCAGGGCCCUCACAUAGGGGCAGGCUGAGAGGCGUUGAGAUCUCACUCAGGGUCCUCACAUAGGGAGAGGCUGAGGGGCGCAUAUACCCAGGACCGACACUUUUCACGGGGCAGCAAAUUAUCUAAGUGCAUACCAGAAAUAUUCAAAGGGGGCUGAGAUUCCAAAUCACUGGUCUUUGCUUCUCCUAAACCUGUGGGUAACCCACUAAAAACAUCAACCUCGUUGGUUAACCAAAUUUCUGACGUCAUAGGGUCAAAAGCUGCUCGUAUGACCUCUGACGCGACCUUCCAGUACAACCGGUCAGAUCUUCAUGUAGGGUUGCCUGGAAAGUAUAAAAAACGAAACCAAAUACAAAUUGGUUUAAUUAUUGCUCAUACCUGAAUUAUAAUUUAUGUUGUUAAUGGGAUUAAUUUAAUUCUGAUAUAUUGUAUAGUUGUUUCUAGGUUUCAUGA